AGCAGAGCUUGACUCAGCGAACAUCCCCAAGCGGAGCCUGACCACGUUCCAGAAACCCGCUGAGGCCAAGGCAGCGUGGAGUGGGACUGGACGAGAGCAGGGAGACAGUGGGAGGGUUUAGCAAGCGUGAUCUUAAAAGUUCCAGCAGCUGUCCAGCGAACGUGAGCCAGAGAACGGAGAAAGUAGUUGUAGGGACUUUCCUUGUCUUGUUCUUGAAACCUUCAGUCCGAGCCUGUGAGCUGUCUGAACACCCCUAUUUGGAAGAACUGGGGUUGAAACAUAUUUAGGAUUUUCUUUUCUCUCGAUAUGGGUGGCUGGUGGGACUCGCGGUCUCUCUUCUUCCUUCUCUGGGCAGGGAUCAACCCAGGGGCUUUGGGGCUCGGUCCCCACACCAAGGGCAAGGAUGCUGCAGAGCGGAUCCAGCACCGGGUGCAACAGGGUUCCUGCACCUAUACGUUCCUCUUGCCAGAAAUGGGCGGCUGUGACUCCUCUGCUGCCGACUUCCAGGUUUCCAACUCUCUCCAGAGAGAUGCCCCGUCUGUCUCGGAAGCCAAGUGGCCGGUCAAGAGGCUUCAGCAGCUGGAAGACAUCAUGGAGAACAACACGCAGUGGCUGCAGAAGCUGGAGGGCUACAUUCAAGAGAACGUGAGGAUGGAAAUGCCUGACAGCCACUUCAGUGUUGUGCAGAACCACACCGUUGCCAUGCUGGAAAUCGGCACCAAUCUUCUGAACCAAACCGCGGAGCAGACCCGCAAGCUGACCGAUGUAGAGAUGCAGGUUCUCAACCAAACCUCCCGGUUGGAAAUCCAAGUCUUGCAAAACUCCUUAUCGACCAACAAACUUGAGAAGCAGCUCCUGUUACAGACUCAUGAGAUCAGCAGGCUCCAAGAAAGGAACAGCUUCCUCGAGAGGAAGGUCCUGACUCUGGAGGGGAAGCGUGAGGAGGAACUUCAAGGCCUUCGGUCGGAGAAGUUGGAGAUGCAACGGCUGCUUUCCAAGCAGAUGGACUUUGUUGGUCACCUGGAGCAGCGCUUGGGCAUGGCUCUCCUGAACAACACGGCCCUACAGAAGCAGCAGACCUCGCUGGCCGAGACGGUCAAGCACCUCAUAGGCUUGGUGUCCCAAUGCAACCAAAUUUCCCUGCCUUCUUUGGAAGAGCAGACGACAUUCAAGGACUGUGCAGCUGCCUACAAACUGGGAUUUACCAAAAACGGAGUCUACACCAUAAGGAUCCCCAAUACUACGGAGAUUGCUAAAGUACUUUGUGAUAUGGAAACCAGUGGAGGUGGCUGGACCGUGAUCCAACACCGAAAGGAUGGGUCCGUGGAUUUCCAGCGCACCUGGAAGGAAUACAAACAGGGCUUUGGAUCCCCGCUUGGAGAGCACUGGCUGGGCAAUGACGUGAUCCACUCACUCACAACGCAGGGCUCCUAUUCCCUUCGUAUCAAACUCCAAGACUGGGAAAACAACGAAGCCUACGCCCUGUAUGAACAUUUCCAAGUCGGCCCCGAGGAGCAGAAUUAUCGGCUUCAUGCAAGGAAAUACAGUGGCACGGCCGGGCGGACGAGCAGCCUGAGUCCUUCGGGGACAGAAUUCAGCACCAAGGAUGUAGACAAUGACCGCUGUGCCUGCAAGUGUGCACAGAUGGCGGGCGGAGGAUGGUGGUUUGAUGCAUGCGGACCUUCCAACCUGAAUGGCAUUUACUUCCCGCCUUCACCUGCCAUGAUGAGAUACAACGGCAUGAAGUGGCACUACUGGAAAGGGCCCAGCCACAGCCUCAAGACGACCAGCAUGAUGAUCCGACCUGUGGAUUUCAGAGAGGACUAAAGGAGUCUGUCGUAGGUUGCCAAAAAACUGAGAUGGAUAGUCACAAUGGUGGCACAGAAUGGUGACUUCUUUCAGUCCAAAGGACACUUGGCAUACUGGGAACGGUGUUUUAGUUCACAGUGUUCACCACAAAGGGACAGCAGCUACACAAUAAGUCCAAAAUGCAUCUCAGGUCUUUAUCUCAUUGUGACUGUGCAAAUACAGUAUGACACCCAUAACCACGUUACUAAUAUCAAUGGUUUUCUUUACGUAUCCCAUGGGGGGAAAUGGUCUCUAUAUGCUAGGUGCUCCAAAGAGGUUCUAUGAUAUGUUACCCCAUAGAAUUACAGUAGAGUCUCAUUUAUCCAACACUCGCUUAUCCAAUGUUCUGGAUUAUCCAACACAUUUUUUGUAGUCAAUGUUUUCAAUACAUCAUGAUAUUUCGGUACUAAAUUCGUAAAUACUGUAAUUACUACAUAGCAUUACUGCAUAUUGAACUACUUUUUCUGUCAAAUUUGUUGUUUAACAUAAUGUUUUGGUGCUUAAUUUGUAAAAUCAUAACCUAAUUUGAUGUUUAAUAGGCUUUUCCUUAAUCCCUCCUUAUUAUCCAACAUAUUCGCUUAUCCAACAUUCUGCUGGCCCGUUUAUGUUGGAUAAGUGAGACUCUACUGUACACUGGAAGACCUAGUAAAUUUCUGGAUAGGAUACCCAUCGAGUAAUCCUUAGGUCCUCCAUCAUAACUUUAGGACCAGAAGUCAUAUUAUUCAACUGUCUUUGGUUGUAUCUAUUAGGGUUGGGCAAAAAAGUUGUAUCUGUCGUAUGUCGGAUCUAAUUCGUAUGUUUUGUCGCUUUUGAAUGUGGUUCCAAUGCGGGUUAUCCCAUUGUGUGUAUCCCACGAUUUCGAACUGGUAUAGCCAAUUUUUCUAAUGGCGUCGUAUGUCGUAUGUUUUUUGGAACUAAAGCCAUGCAUUUUUAAAGCAUGUUUCCAGGUAAUCGAAGUCUAGCCGGAAAUCUAUUCCCCUCAGAUACAGGGAUCUUACUGUAUAGGACUUGGUUUUUUCCUAUAAUGACCACCAAUGAAAGCAUCUCAUCUGUAGCUUUUAUAAAAUAUAAUAUUUGUAGGACAUAUUGCUUGAAAAUAUCUGCCUCUCAGGUGCUGGAGGAAGGACCAGGAUCAAUCAAAUACAUCUUCAAUGGCGCAGUGGGUUAAACCCUUGUGCCGGCAUGACUGAUGACUUAAAGGUUGGAUUGCUGACCUCAAGGUUGCCGGUUCGAAUCCAACCUGGGGAGUGCGUAGAUGAGCUCCCUGUGUCAGCUCCAGCUUCACGCAGGGACAUAAGAGAAGUCUCCUACAAGAAUAGUAAAAACAUCAAAACAUCCAGGCAUCCCCUGGGCAACGUCCUUGCAGACAGCCAAUAAUAAUAAUAAUAAUAAUAAUAAUAAUAAUAAUAAUAAUAAUAAUAAUAAUAAUAACAACAACUUUAUUUUUAUACCCUGAAGGCUCACAAGGGGACGAGCCCAGCAUCAACAUAGGUUAAAAACACAAUCCAUGAAUUAAAACAAUAAAUAUAAUAGUAUAAAUAUAAAGCGACAUAAAAUUCUCUCACACCGGAAGCGAUUUGCAGUUUUUCCAGUCACUCCUGACACACACACACACACACACAAAAUAUAUCUUCAGUGUUUUCCAUAGCUUUCUGAUAGGAAAACAUGAUGCAAGUACACUCCGAUGUAUUCAGUGCGGGAAACGGCCAUUUGUACAUUUUAGCUUUAGGUUUGUUUUGACAUUAGCUUUGCACUGACUGAUAACAGAGCUUGAAAAACUACAUUUUAAGUGUAAUUAGCUGCAGUGCAAGGGGAAUCCAUUGGUGUUGAAAUCAUGGGAGUUAUAGUUUUGCAAGGUCUUUAGUCUUCGCCAGUGGUUCUCAACCUGUGGGUCUCCAGAUGUUUUGGCCUUCAACUCCCAGAAAUCCUAACAGCUGGGAUUUCUGGGAGUUGUAGUCCGCAAAACACCUGGGGACCCACAGGUUGAGAACCACUGUUCUUCACUUUGCUGGUGCCUCAUCAAACUACAACUCCCAGGUUGCCAUAGCAUUGAGCCAUGGUGGUGAAUGUGGUAUCAAACUGCGUUAAUUAUUCACUGUAGAUGCACCCCUAAUUACUUCCCAAACUUGUUACAAGUUACAAGUCCCCUUUCUGAGAAUGCUUUCCAUCUUUCAAUGUACUCUAAAACGCAUAGUUCUAAAUUGCAGCGUUAAUGGAGCGUUAAGGGAGUUUCCGUAACCACUUUCUCCACACUGGACCUAAUUUGACAAAUUGUAUAUAUUGUGAGGUCUCCAACUCCGUCAUUCUUGUAGAAAAAUAAACUAUACGGUUCCA